AUGUCGUCGUCGCUGAAAACGCUGUGCAUGCGCAUCCCCGCAGCGCCCAGCAGCCUCGUGCGAUGCUGUCCUAGAGCUUCAUUCUCGCCUGCGCGCGCCCACCCCGGCGCCUUUGCGCUGACAAAAUCCCUUGCGCGCGCAAACCACAGCCUCUCCGUCUCCAGCUCAAUCUCAAAACCCAGCCCCAGCGCCCUCUCAAGCACGCGGCCGUCCAUCGUCAGCCUCGUCGCAAGAGGCUCCUCCUCCUCCCCCACCUCAUCGUCAUCAUCAGUCCGGCUCUACUCCAGCUCCGCGACCGGCUCUUCCGCCUCCGCCUCCGUCCCGGCCCUCGACUGGAACUCCUUCUUCAAGCUCCGCCUCCGCCGCCGGCGCAUCCAGCUGCUCUUCUCCGUCGUCACGGGCCUCAUCGGCGGCGCGGCCGGCACCAUCUUUUUAGCCGAGGGCUUUGCCGAGCCGCUCAUUGCGCAGAUCCCGCUCGAUCCCUUCUUCACCCUGGGCAUCAUGACCAUGGCCUGCGCCGGCCUGGGCUGGCUCAUUGGGCCGACGCUGGGCAACCAGGUGUUUUACAUCAUCAACCGGCGCUUCAAGACCCAGAUGAUGCAGAAAGAGGGCGAGUUCUUUGCACGUGUCAAGAGGCACCGCGCCGACCCUACAAACUCGAGCGCGGGCAACCCAGUCCCGGAUUUCUACGGCGAAAAGAUCCAGAGCGUUGCCGGAUAUCGGAGAUGGCUCAAGGACCAGCGAGCAUUCAACAAGAAGAAGUCGGCCUCGUUUGUCUAA